GCUCUUGCUUCAGUUUACGGGUGUCGGGGACAGAGGCAGGAUGCAAGCCACUCUCUCCCUCGUCGUCUUCCUCCUGACGUCGUUGUUACCGUCGCUCCUGGGGCUGACCGUCGGCCCCACGGCCCAGACGCCUACGACCACGACCACGACGCCGCCGCCGACGCCCUCAGCGAACCUCUCGCUCAGCCCCGCGACCCCUGAGAAACGAGAUGAAAGUUUAACAACCCCAGCAGAGCCUUCCCUCACCAGCUCCUCUGUCAACGUUACCACAACCGCCGCCGCCGCUGCUGCUGCUGUGCUGCGACGCCUAAGGGCGGCCUGGCGGUGGGGUCCCCCCACUCGCCCCUGUCCUCCUCGUCUUUAUCCUCUUCUGCAGGAGAGGAGAUGCUGGUGCUGGAGGAGGUGGGGCGUCUCCUGGGACAGAUGCGGGAAGUGGCGGCCUCCAUGCAGGAGGCCAGAGACGAGCACAGCCGCCUGGCCCAAGCCGUGGCCCAAAUCAGCGCCGCCGUGAGGGACAUGGGCGAACACAACCUCCACAUCAAGAAGAAGGUGAGGAAGAUGUCCAAGGCCCUUCGCGGCGGCACCCACCACCGGAAGGUCAAGGACGGCCUCAAGUCGCUGCAGCGCGACCACCAGCGCAUCCUGCACGCCAUGAGCGUCAACGGCAUCAACGUGACGCGCGUCCACAACCACAACCACACGCACAACGGCACGCACAAAAACAACCAUCACAACCACAACCGCAACCACCACAACAACAACAACAACUCCACUUCCUCCGCAGGGCAGUCGGGCAAGUCCUCCUCCUCUUCCUCCUCUUCGGAGGAGAAGAAUAAGAAGAAGAAGAACAAAUCGUCCGAAGGGCGCCACUCCGAGGGUGGAAAGGAAGGAGGCGAGACCCCACGCAACGUCUCCCUCGAAUCAGGGGCGACUUCCUCCUCCUCCUCCUCCUCCUCCUCCUCCCCUGGGGGAGAAUCCCAGGAGACGCAGGUGUCCCAGGAGACCACCCUUCCCGAAGCUAUUGUGACAGACAACCUCAUCCCGGACUUGGUUGUUGAUCCCCCCGGGGCAACGGAUCCCCCCCUACCCGUGGACUGUACCGAGGUCAUGCAACGAGGCAAUUGGACAAGCGGAAGCUACAUGAUUCAGCCAAGAGGACUCCAGCAACCCAUCAAGGUCUGGUGCGACCACACGACCAACGGAGGCGGGUGGACGAUCAUGCUGGCGCGGAUGGAGCAAGAAACUCAGGAGAAUUUCGACCGCAACUGGACCGAGUACAAAAACGGGUUUGGAGAAGUCACCGGUGAACACUGGAUCGGCCUCGAUGCUAUGCACUCCAUGAUCAAGGGAAGGAACCACGAACUUCGAGUCAAUAUCACCGACUGGAGCGACAAUGAAGCUUGGGCAGAGUGGAAGGAAUUCAGCGUGGCGGGAGAGGAACACUUCUACCGCCUGAAGGUGAACCGGUACGCCAGCGGCUCUCAGGCGGGGGACGCCCUCAAGUGGCACAACACCAUGAAGUUCUCCACACCCGACAGGGACAACGACGCCAUAAUGGGCCACAAUUGCGCCAAGAAAAACCACGGGGGUUGGUGGUACCGGGGAUACCGCGGGUGCUACCAGGCCCACCCCACCGGCCGCUUCCAGAGGAACCCCAGCCCUCCCCCGCGUACCCCUGCCAAUUCCAGAAACUUCGACCUGGGCCCCGUGCUCGUGUGGCAAAACUGGCGCGGCGAAGACUACUACCCGAAGGCGCUCUUCCUGAUGUUCAGGCCAAGUCUCAACUAGAGAGCGAAGGGCCAGCGAAGGACUGGAGGAGCCUGGAGGUCGUCCUUCGGUCCUCCGGAGCAUCAGCGCUAGUCAGCAUCUAACAUCCACUGAAAGUGUGAAGGAGAUGAGUGGAGGAGGGGGGGUGGGGGGAGGGGAAACGAGAGCUGAUGAAGAUCAAUAAUAAAGGGAUUGGUGUGAUUUUCCUUGUUAUGUAGUUCGUUUACUUUUUAUUAUUAUUAUAUUAAGCCCUUACGAGAAGAGAGAAAGAGAGUUCAGUAGACUGGCUGCAUAGCCAUCAAGUGGUUAUAUAAUCUUACAUCUUUCAUCCUCUAGUUUUACUUGGUACGAGACGAGAGAGAAUCGACGUAUGAUGGUAUGGAGUGCUUUGUAUCCUGUCUUGAAAUCAGAUGUUGUUAAGUGUAAAGGCAUAUUAUCUAUAUAUCUAUGUUGAUGGUGAGGAUAUGAAGUGUGGUUUACAAAAUUUCAGUACCUAAAAGAUAUGACUUGAAAGUGAGUAAUCCCUUUGAAAUAUCUUUUCAUAUUUUUGAAUAGAAAAAAAGGUUAUUGAAUACUAUCUCAUACACAGGUAAUACCAUAUUAAUAUUUUUCGACAGAGGCAAGCAAAUCCAAAUUUCAGAUGUCACGAUGAAAUCUUUCUGAUUGCAGCAGCCCAUAUAUAUUCGGCAUUUUACCGAUGAAUCAGCAUAUUUUAUAGACAGCUUCUUGUAUUUUAGGCAGCACUCCUUCAUUAGUGGUUACUGGACCUCUAUAAAACUUGUAAAGUGUUAAGUAAAGAAGCAUUUAUUCUAAACUGUUACAACACUACAACUUCGGAAGGGUUGUAACUCCGGAAGAUAGAAACGCAGAUUGUUUGAAUCACAGUACUUGGUUCAUUAAGAGAAAGCGCCUGUUAACUUAUUGAAAGCAUAGAUUUUUGUCAUUUAUAAAGUAACCUUGGCACUUCUGGAGUCUGGGACUGGCGAACACUUCAAAAUCUGAGGGUUAUUUCUUGAUGUGGGACCGCAAUAAGGUUGUUGGUCGUCAACCUAUGCUUUCAACCAAGUUAAUCAAGCCAAAACAAAAGAUAAAGUUAAGGAAGAGUUUUGUUUUUUCUUUACUACAGUGACAGGUACGUUAAGAUUGGUAUAAUCACAUAUGAAACGAUAAAGCUGUAUUUAUAUAUAGAUAUAUUUUUAGGUACUAUGACUUGUAUCACGAGAGUAAGGAACAGUAAUGAGGCGAGUAGUUCGACACAUUUUUUCGGCUGGGGAGAGGGCCAACGUAACCCUUUGUGACCAAUGACUGCUGACGUCUUAGAAUUUGCGACUGAUUGCUGACACCAAGUCAUUUGUGGGAAGUCAGGAAACGUCAGGGGAUCUGCAGUGUUCAUGGGUGUCUAAUAUUUGGGGGACCAAUUGGCAGCAUUUUAAAAUUUGCGACUUUUAUAACUGACACCAAAGAAUUUUUGCGUGGUAUUAGUAUAAAGUGUAAUGUAUAAGAUCUGAAGGCCCAACUCAUUUACAGAGAUCAUGCUGACGUGUUUGUACACUGUGGAGGUUAGGUAACACCAAAGAAAACGUAUAGGCUACUCGAUUGUGCAAAAUUAUCAAGAUGUGUUGAAUUGUACUGGGUAUAAACAACACUUAUUUUCAUAUAAAAGGAUAAUGUUGAGUCCUCCAAAGAUGUUUAUACAUUGGGCCAAUUUGAUCAAGGACGUAUUUUAGCUAACGUACAGUUUGUUGGCUUCAUCCAAAGUGUAGAAAUUUUUGUGUAGUUUUUUUUUCUGUGUAAUUGAAGCAUUAAUUGAAAUUCAUAGGUUUAAGUCAUUCAGUAACUUUUAUGUUGGGAUUUCACUUCGUCCAAAAAAUUGCAGGACUGGCUUUUUUCACGUAAUUUGACUAAAACUGAUUCAGUUUCCACAGAAAGAGAAGGAAAAUUUUUUUUAUCGUUUUUGAGGAAUGGUUUCUAGAGAUGUCAAGUACCACUGCCAUUUUCCUUCAGCUCCCAUCUUGUUUGUCAAAUCUCAGAUAGACCUGUGUGUCAAGCAUUUAUUUCUCUUUCAGGUGACAGUGUCUGGAAAGAUUACCUCUUUGUUAUGUUUAGAAAACUGUCUGCCAAGGCUUAAAAAAAAAGAAAGUCGACUUGAUAAUGAGGAGCCAAAAUAGAUAAAUCCACCAUGGAAAAAAUAACUCGAUCUGAAUUCGUUUGGAAGUGUAUGGAAAAGUCUGUCAGCUGAGAAAACCUUACGUACUUGGCUAGUAGCAUCAGGAGAGAGAGAGAAAAAAUUGCUAAUCUAUGUAUAUGUUUCUACUAGAGCUCCAGUGGAGCUCCCAGCAUGAUCAUGUUUUGUGGCAAAUGUAUACAAAUCAAACGAACCCUUACAUAGCCCCAGUAAUGUCUGUUAAAUCGUAAGUGAGUAUUAUGUCAUAAAACAGCGUAUGGACUGUACUAAUUAUAAUAAUAAUAAUAACGGUAAUAUUCAUGUGAUCAAAAGUAAUAUUUACUCCCUUUUUUGAUGUAUGAUUCUGUGGUUCAUAAGGCGAGGAUGUUUGUUUGUUUGUUUGUUUCCUGGUGUAAUCAUUCGUCUUAUCUCGCUCUCCGACCACCUGCCAAGUCAUAGCCAGAAUGCUCUUCUAUCUAGUGGUCGCCUUUGUUCCUUCCAGUGGAUUCGUUCAUGUCUUCAUAAAUAAGUGGUUCUCUGCAUGAUGAGGAAUAAUACUUCACAAGCACACGAUCGUGACUACGAGCGCACCUGAUGUUUCACGACAAUGUAUUUUGCUGCAGUGCAAGAGUUAGAAAGUGAUCGAAUCUGUGUUACUGUGUUUAUGAAACUUUGGCGAAGUAAUCUUGAGUUCUGGUAUCACCUAAUGCAAGGUCCUUAGCUAACUCUCUGGGUCUUGACCUGGCGCAUAAAACGAAAAGGUCGCUUGAACUUUUACCAUGAAUUGUGUAUGCCUGUCUUGAUUUUUAGUCUUUAAUAAACAGGAGGAGACACAGUUUAACUUCACGAUUUCUCUCAGCUAUUCUAUGUGAUAAGAUCUUCCCUUACAGAGUUGAAGUUCACAUAGCCAUUCACCUUUCUUAGUUUACUGCACCUACUCACACACGAAGAGUAUUUUGACGCAGAGCGCACAAACCAUCUUGUCCCCUAUUAGAUCCACGCUAACGUUUUUCUUUUCUUAAUCGAGACGAAAGCGAGUAGCCUCUGCCACUCCAUCUCACGUAUAUGAGUCAUGGUAAGCUAAUCCAGUAAAACGGUCUGAAGCCAUUGGUGAGCUUGAUGGUUGCUAGUAUGCGAGUUUCUAACAACGCUGGGGGUUUGUUUGUCCUACCCUGGUUAAUCAGUUAACGACGAAGAAGACGACGACUGCAGCGAUGGGGAAAUUGUUCGGAAGCAUCUACGGAUUUCCUGUCUCGCCAGAACCUCCUCAUUUCAUAUUAACUACAUUUUAAAAACUCGAAACGUUUCAGUGCAUGCGUAUUAGGGACUAUAAUCAUAAUGGUAGUUGAGUUAGUCGUUUUUCUUCUUCCGUAUAUCUUCUCCACAGCAUACUGUAUUUAGCAAAGCCGCCGGAAGCGAGCGGCUCUUUUCAGUAGUUAAGUUUCCACAGUACAGAAUACAUUGUGGAUUGUUUGCCAAUGUGUAGCUGGGCUUAUACUUUAAUCAACCAUUUUCAUUUCCUUAAUUAGAGAGUUCACUCCACCACCACCAACCCUCUCUAGGUGAAGCUAGAUUUUUUGCAGACCUACUACGUGGCAGCAGACUUACUACAAAAGAUAGAUUUCCUUCUCCUGCAUAUUUUCCUUUCCGGGCACUUGUGUAUCUCUAACUUGCGGAAGUCACGAAGCAAUCCCAAUCUGAUUUGUUAUGGUUGAUGACUGGAGCCCUCACACAUGACAGACGACCCCUAUACUGCUCUCCACCAAUAAUGGGUUAACUAAGACGAACUCAAGUAGCUGGUUCUACUUAAAAAAAAUAAAGAAGAAGAAGAAGAAGAGUCAAGUGAGAGAGAAUCGAGAAAGGUCAUAAUAUUUACGAGGUCUAUGUACAGUCAGUCGGUGGCAUUCAAAAGCUUUUUUCGUCAAUCCGGGACACUUGUUGAAGGAUAACAAAGCUUAACAUUAGUUUCCAUUUGUGGCGGAAGCCAGCUGUUAUUCAUCCGUUGCUUAAGAAAUAAUUAGAAGCGUAAUAAUCCCAGUCCAUCCAGAAAAGAGAUAUCUAAUUAUAUAAGGUAUUUUAUCCCUUAACAAGUUCCUCGCCCAAUAUCAACCAGGCUUACUUUGGGCUUUCCUAACCCAUUGUUAACACUAAUCACAUUUCCAUAUAAUAAAUUUCAUCCAGCAAGGUCAUUAGUACCCCAGUAGAAGAAGGUCACCAGCUUUUGUGUUGACCCCACGACGUCGAUCUGAGCUGCCAUUAGGUUGAAGAGGUCGGGAUUCGUUUUUAAUUUCAUUGUGGAGUGCGGACGCGAGUCCUCACAGAGACCAACAAUCCCUUGCUGAUUAAAAUUUAUCAAGACACGUUAUCGUAGUCCUUACAACCACUACGGUGUUUAGCCACUGUAUGUUUUGUCUUUAAGUCCUUUUCAUAGUCAGAGAAACAUUAGAGUUUUUCAUUCAAAACUUUUUCGCUCAGUAUUUUCCACAGAUACUGUGAUGAUGAUGAUGAUCAACUCCAAAUCAAGACCAGACUUCACAGGAGUCAGGAGCAACAAGGAAAAAAGGGUUUCCGUCGGUUUGGUCGCUUCCGAAAUGACACCUUUCUCUUCACCGGGAAUUUCAGUAUUGGUUUCACCUGACUGGACCUUUUUCAUAACCAUCUAGAAUCGAUAUUUAAUGAAUCGUGUAUUUCACUGCUCUCUGUUCACAAUGAAAGGGUCAUAUAUUUCAGUGGAGUGCUAAAUUGAUGUCUUGUGUCUGUACUUGUCGAAUUUCGCGUUCUGUACCUGUUCAUGCUGUAUAAUGAGAGAUCGCAGGGAACGACCAAGCAAGGUAACCCCAACUUGUUGGUCCUUUCUCGUUCACACACACACACACACACACACACACAGAUACACAUACACAUAAGCACCAGGUGUUCCCAUCAGAUACUACUGCUCAGUAUUAUUGUAAGAAAGAGUUCAAUAUUUUCAUCUUUAAAAAAAUGGAGAGAAAAAGCUGUUAUAUACUUAUGUGAGGUAGAACUUUAGAUCAGGGAUUGAGCCUUUUUGCGUUAUUUCUUCAUUGGUCAGAUUACUCAAGAAAAUGUUAUCUCUCUGUCUCAUAUUUGUAUUCACAUUGGAAUAUGCUCUAUACUGUACAUGUUCAGUACAUAUCUGUAUAUAUUUUCUGUGCUACAUUUCACAUUUACGCAACAGUACUAUUUCCAACCCUUCAUGUCACACUAAUCCAGUUUCUGUCGCCAACGAACUUUUAAAAACUAACUUUCACGCUGAAACAAAUAAUGGGCAAAAUUAUCAAUGUCUACUAUUUUUAAAUAACGUAAAUCUCUGGAAUCUAAAAGACAUGAGUAGAUUUUCCGGCUCAAAACUUGCGCUAUAAUUCUGCCUCCAAAUGCAUUGGUUCAAGAGCUUUUGAUCACGGAGCAGUACAAAGCAUCAACCCAGAGGAGCAUAUUUAACACAGCCAAGAAAAAAAAUGUGCCAAAAAAAUAUUGUAUUAUUAAUUGUACGACUUACUGUAGGCCUUAAACUGUAGUUCUGUCUUGUGAAUAAAUUUAUACACUACUUAA